UUCAUAUCCUUUGCGCCGAAGGUUUUGGAUUUUCUGCAGUAAAGGACAACUAAAAAGUUAAAUAUAAUCUACAUGUAAAAUGCCAAGAUGAGUGCUGUAGCAAAAGGAAGUAACAAGAUUGUUUAUCCUGCGGGAUGCAAGGAGCUAUCUGAUGAGUUGGGAAAGGAUGAAUUGGUUCGAAGGCUUAAGCUACUGGCCCGGGCCUUUCAGGACAUGGGCCAGGACGACAACAUUGAGGAGUACUCUGGAUUGGCGAUAAGUCUGGCCACAGAUUUUUACAUGGAUCACCAAAACAAGGAUGUACGACUUCUUGUAGCCUGCUGUAUUGCUGAUGUCUUCAGGAUAUUUGCUCCAGAGGCUCCAUUUAGAGAGACUUCACUUCUUAAGGAGAUUUUCAUGUUUUUCAUUAAACAACUUAGAGGACUGGAAGAUCCUGAUUCUCCGACAUUUAAGAGAUACUUCUACCUUCUCGAGAAUUUAGCAUGGGUCAAGUCCUUCAAUAUUUGUAUAGAAUUGGAUGACAACCAGGAGAUAUUUUGCAACCUUUUCCAGUUGAUGUUUUCAAUUAUGAAUGAUAAGCACUCGAGCAAAGUGAAGAAUUUUGUGCUGGACAUGAUGACGCCACUUAUCACAGAAGCUGACGCUGUGUCACAAGAAUUACUUGACAUCAUACUCCUCAAUAUCAUUGAACCAUAUAAGACCCAGAAUCGUGUUGCUUAUAAUAUGGCACGUGAUUUGCUGAUCAGGACCAGUAAUGCCAUCGAGCCAUACAUACAAGCAUUUUUCAACAAUGCCCUUAUGCUGGGUAAGAUGUCGGAGAGCGAGGUGUCUGAUAGACUGUAUGACCUGAUCUACGAACUAAAUCACAUCUCCCCCAGUGUGCUGCUUGCUGUUCUACCACAGCUGGAAUUCAAACUCAAGAGUAAUGAAGAAUCUGAAAGGAAAGCGGUUACAAAGUUAUUGGCCAAAAUGUUCUCUGACCAAGGUUCAAACCUUGCUGAACAAAAUCGACCUCUUUGGAAUUGUUUUCUUGGGAGGUUUAAUGAUAUCAGUAUCCAUGUACGCCAGACCUGUGUGUCGUACGCACAACAUUUUCUCCUGAACCACCAGGAGACCUACAAAGACAUUGUGGAGCAGCUGAAGAUUCGGCAGCAUGACCCCGAGGAGACUGUGAGGAUGGAGGUGGUCAAUACUAUACUGGGAUUAGCCAAGAAGGACUUUAAUAGUAUCACCACAGAACUGAUGGGGUUCAUCAAAGAGCGCACACUUGACAAGAAGUACCAGAUCAGGCGAGACUCCCUGCUGGGACUUGGUCAACUGUACAAGAAGUAUACAUUUUCUGAGAGAGUAGACAAGGCCAACCAAGAAAAGGUGUGCUGGGUCAAGGACAAGGUCUUUCACGCUUACUACCAGAACAGCAAUGAGGACAGAUUGCUGGUUGAAAGAGUGUUUAACACAUGCCUAGUUCCCUAUAACUCACCAGUUGAUGAGAAAAUGAGACGUCUCCUACUUCUGUACUGUACUCUGGAUGACCAUGCCGUAAAAGCCUUCAAUGAGAUGCUGAAACACAAGAAUAGUGUGAAGAAUCUGGUCCAUCAGUUGGUAGAAACUUUUGAUCAGCCAACACAAGGAAAUGCCGUUUCUUUCAAACCCAAGAUAGCUGCACUUGCACGAUCUCUGCCGGAGUCUGGAAAGUCAUCUGAUCAUCUGAAAAAGCUGUGCCAGAUGCUGAAGGAGGAUAAACGAAUGCGGCAGUAUCUAAAGCUACUUGUUGGUGAAGAAUGUACCUGUAAGCGAGCGCAGGAACUAGUGCGUGAGGUACUGAAGAAACUAGGAAGUCCUGCUCCUGGCCAACAGAACCAGUUCUACAACACUGUCAAGCUGCUGUUAGAGAGAGUAGCUCCAGUCAUGAUUGAUGCCAGUGCUAUAAACAUGCUUGUCAAACAUGUUGAUGAAACAGUUCGUGGGCUUGGUAUCAUUACUGAAGGAAUUGAGGAUGCAGCAGAAAAAGGAGUCAGGCUCCUUAUGGCACUUUCUACUGUUUAUCCAUAUUACUUCAAGGAUGAGGAGACAUAUCAAGAACUACUUACUUUCCUUAAACAUGAGGAUGAAGCUGUCUCUGAUUUGACACUACAGAUCUUUAUCAACACCGGUAAAAAACUCCAGACAGAGCUGCCAGUCAUUUACUCGAGUUUGCUGCCCAUCCUACAGAGUACUGCUAAGCUGGGCAAUCCCAAACAGAGCAAGCAUGCUCUUCGUUGUAUCAAUAUUGUGUGUAAAAAUAAGGAGCUCAUUUUUGGACAGAUAUUUGAGCACCUGAAGAAAUCCUUGAAUCCUGAGAGUGCUAAUUACCUGACGUCCAUUGUUGCUCUUGGUCACAUUGCUUUGUACUGUCCUGAGGAAUUCUCAGCAGAGAUGAAGAAUAUUGUCUCAAAAUUCAUUGUGAAAGAACUGCUAAUGCAGGAUCAUACUGCAGGAGUAGAUAGUGUUGAGAGCUGGUACUCAGAACAUCAUGUCACUGAAGAAACUAUGGCCAAGAUCCAAGCUAUGAAGCUGUUAGUGCGGUGGUUACAAGGUAUAAAGAGCAAUGCAAACAACUCUGGGACAUCUACCCUACGACUCCUGUUUACCGUUAUCAAACAUGAGGGUGAUCUGAUGGAGCGAGGCAAAGUCAACAAGCCAGAACUGGCUAGAUUGAGACUACAGGCGGGAUGUUGUAUGUUAAAGUUAGCAGAGGACCGCUGCUAUUCAGAGCUCAUUUCUCAGGACCAGUUUCAAACCCUGGCACUUCUCAUGAAUGAUAGCUGCUAUCAUGUUCGUGUAAACUUUGCCCUGAAACUCCACAAAGGAUUGCUGAGCUUAAGACUGCCUUUGGAAUACAUGAGCAUAUUCUGCUUGGCAGCCAAUGACCCUUUGCGAGAACGAAGAGCUGCGGUCAAGUUAUUCUUUCAACAAAACAUUAACAAGCGACGAGAAUACCUGAAACAGACUCCUGCUAUAAAGGGACGUAUGUUUCACUUCAUGCCAGAUUAUGUGUUACCAUAUGUCAUACACUUACUUGCCCAUGAUCCAGAUCUUUCUACACACAAUGAUGUCUCUGCUCUCAAGAAUAUCAAAGAAUGCUUGUCUUUUGUAAUGGAACCUUUGAUUAACAAGAGUGAGGAUUACAACUACAACUUCUUCCGGCGUAUGUUAGAAAACAUCAAACAGACCAAAGAUGCAGAAGACCCUGAUGAUGAUGACAUGAACAGGAAACUAUACAGCGUAUGUGAUGUGGCCCUUGGAAUACUCAACAGUAAGCCCUCCAAUAUAACAGUAAAGGAUUCGACUGUUGAGCCAGUGUUACCAGCUAAGCUCUUCACACGACCUGAUAAGAGCUACAGCAACACGAAGAGCUAUUUACCAAAAGAAUUUGUGAUAGACGGUCCCAAGCGGAAAGCUCAGGUCUCUGGUCCCAAAGGUCCCAGUGCUCAGGAGAUCAUUGUUGAGAGUCCUGGUCCUGUUGUUAACCGGCUACCUGUCUGCCCCAGAGAACCCAAGAGAAAGAAGGCAUCUUCCACGCAGGUCCAGACAAUGAGUGAUUCUGAAAAUGAUUCUGGAGGUGAAGAGGAAGUCAUGUUUAAACCUGUUCCUGAUGGACCCAAGAAAAGAGGACCAAAAAAGAAGGAUAAAAAUAUUCAGGAAAUGAAUGUAAAGCCAAAAGGCAGAGGUAGAGGGGCAAAAUCUUUAGACAGUCCAGCUAAGCGACCAGGCAGGAAGCCAAAGCAUGUGGAUGAUUCAGGGGAUAGUGAUAAAAUCACAGACAGUUCUCCAGAUGUGAAAGAUUUCAGUUCUUCUCAGGACUCUGAUCAUUCUCCCAAGCCAAAGGCUUUGAUGGAGAGCAAGAGAGGCAAUACACAACAAUCAAAGACUAAGAGAAAGAAAGUUAGCCAAGAAUCUGCAUCCAGUUCACCAGCAUCCUCUCCUAGGAGGAGCAGUAGUGAAUCCCCAAGGCGGGGCAGUGUAGAUUCUAGAUCUGUGAACAAAUCCUCCAUUGUGAAUGGGACAAAUAAAGGAGGUGCAAAACAGACUGCUAAAUCUGAUACAGAGAGCUCAGGGAAUAGUAGAAAAAGGAAAGCUGAUAAUACCUCUACAGAGAGACCACCUGUGAAGAGAGGACGGCCACCGUCAAAUAAAGCAGGAAAAUCAUUAACACGUAGUAAGUUAAAAGGAGGUUCAGAUGCAGACUCGGAUGUGGUUUCACCAAGCCGAGCCACUAAACAGCUGAAAAUGGAUCAGUUUAGUACAAAAUCAGGUCCUAAAAAUGUGCGACGAGCAAAGUUGCUAGCAAAUGGUACAUCAGAUGGUGAUAGUCCAGAAACAGAUGGCUCAAGCUCACCAAGCAAAUUAGAGUCGCUAAGUCGAAUGAUACAGACAGUUGACGCAGAUGAAGAUAGUGGGGUUAAACGAAGAGUGCGUGGCAAGAGGAAAUGAAGUUUUCUCAGGAGAUAUUAGAUACUACUCAGCAAAUCAGAGGUGGACAUUGUGCUCUGUCCAGUGAUAUCCGCUGAAUAUCAGACACUCCUGAAGAGUUCAUGGGACAGACCCCUUAAUGUGGUGUGUGGAGUACCACCUGAGAGUGUUGGAGUGCAUACCACCUGAGAGUAUUAGAGGAUGUUUCUAGGGUUGGUUCAGCUUGUGCUAUACCAAAAUAAACUUAGAAGCACCCUAAACUCUUCUAAGACAUAUUGAGGGCAGCUCUUUUAACCAAACUUUGUCGACAGAUGAUACAGCAUACUGGAAGUAGUUCUGGUGAUGAAGUGCAGUUAAGCUUGUUCUGUUCUAUCUCAGGUUAAAAAAGGAAUUUGGGAAGAAAUAGUUUUGUUUUCAUAACGAAAUUAGAAUUAAUACCAUACUCGAAAUUGUUUUGACGGUGUACAUGAAUUUAAAGGCUGGUGAUUAAAUUUUAGCCAUAAAUUAAAAAUUUUAACUUGCCCAAGGGAACAAGUGUUAAAGUUAGCAAUUGAUGGUGGCUGCUCAUGGAUGAGCACCUCCAGUGCUGUAAACAUCUCACUUAUAUUGAGUAAUGAGCAGCACUCUACACAAGCCUAUCGGAAUCUCGCAGCCUUCACUGAUUUUGGACACAGCGGCAUGACAGUUACAAACAGGUUUUUAUAUGGCAAUUUACAUGUUUUAGAGACAUAUUCAAGUUGUGAUGAUCCAUUUUUCCUGUUUCAGAAAUCAUAAAUUUUCAGAGAGAGAAAAAGUGUGUGCACAGCAUUGCUUGAGAUUUUUAUCAUUGAGUCAUAGCUCCAAUGUAAUUGCUUUCAUCAUUCAGUCAUCUAAAUUGUAGGACUUUUGAUGGAUGGAGAAGAAAUCAGAAAGUGGUCAUUAAUAAACAUUGCAUGCACAGUAAUUUUCUGUAAAGGUUGUUAUAUCUAGAUGUUUUUCACAAUUUUCAAAAACGAGAUAUGAUUACAAAUAUAUAAACCUGUAAAACCAAAGUAGAAGAGAGAUCUAUUGUCGUAGGCAAUAUUUCCAUAUUAAAAAUACAUUGAAAAAUCUGCUAUUGUAGUUAUCUUUAUUCAAAAAUAAAAUCAAGUUUGGAAAUAGAGGGAAACAAAGUUUAUAUCUGUUAGGAUUUCCAAUUGGUCACACAGUAUCUGCAAUGAUCUUCAAUGUUUGGUAUGCAUUUUAAUACAACUGCUUUUUAGAUUAUAAUCCCAAUUUUUUUAACAAUUCCUGAACUAUUUAAACGAUUAUAAUACUGGACUUGGUUUAUGAACAUUCCAUUUUUCUUUGAAAGGUGUAUAUAAAACAUCAGACCUUUACUGUUCAAAUUAACAUAGCAAGCAGUCUUCAAUUCAAGGAACCAGAGAUAUUGUUUACUAUGAGGAUGUUGAUUAUUGUACACAAUGAGGUUCAGGCUACCAGUAUAUGUUAUAGGGAUGGGGGGAGGGGGAUUAAAUAUAUUUAUUUGUUAUGAUGCAAGCAGGUUUGAUAUUUAGAUGGUGAUCACAGCCACAUUUGUUGUUUUAUUUAUCUGGUUUGUCUUUUGAUCAUGAUAUUUCAUUCUGAUUUUGUUGCAUCUCAUUGUGUUUCUUAAAUUAUAUCAUUUCAUAUGUUCACUUUGUGAAUUCCAUGUCAUUUUUAUUUCAUCUCUUCACUAAUCAUGUAUUCAUCUCUGAGGUCUUAGAAGUAAUUUGUUUUGAACAAAAAAAUAAAUUACAUGUUGACCCUGCAGCGUUGUGAGAGUAAGAUAAUUAACCAUUGUACAAAGCAUUUCAGACAUAGAUUGACCAUCUUACAAUCAAUGAAAAUAUUGAUAAAUAAAUGUUAAAAUGUUCA